UGAUUUCAAUAAGUCCUUGUUAUAUCGGAACUCUAGCAGACUGCAAGUUUACCCAAUACUAUCACCAAAGUCAUAACACUAAAGGUGCAUCGAUUUUAAAACAGUAAAAGGAUCACGUUUUAGCUUUAAGUUGUGAAGGGCAUAAGGAGGUCAGCUUGUGAAAAGAAAAUUUCCUUUAAUGUACAGUUGCUUUAUAGUUUUGAAUGCCAGAGGUGGACACGCAACGAAGAGAAAUGGUUGACUUCUAUAAACACGAUAACGGGCCAAAUUUUAUUUAACGCUAAAACGAUGGGAUUGCUUUUUUUUUCUUUAAAUAUUUUUAUCCCAGGUGAUCCUUAGAAUCGAUAUUCCGUUUACUGCCAGUGAUGAAUUUGUAAGAACCUUCAAAAUCAUGCCGCGACACCAGAAUGCGCAUGCGUACGCCAAUGCUGGAUUCAAGGUCACGAUGGACUCAACCUAUAUUAUAAAGGGAAUUCCAAGUUUAAUGUUUGGUGGUGUGAAGCUUUCUCCGUUUCGGGCAAGUGGUACACAGCAAUAUCUUUCAGGAAAGAAUAUUCUUGACUCAGAAACAUUAAAAGGUUGUAUGAAUGCAUUGGAUAAAGAAAUGAUACCAGAAUCAACACCACUCACUGCAAGUGCUGAAUAUCGCAAGAGUUUGGCUCUUUCUUUGUUUUAUAAGUUUUAUCUUAGUCUUCUUGGUGAUAAAGCAAGUUCCAGAGUGAUUUCUGCUGCUGUUCCGUAUGUAAGACCGAUAUCUUCAGGACAACAAAGUUUUGGUACAACUCCAAGUGAAUUUCCUUUGACACAGCCCAUGAUGAAAACCACUGCAAAAUUACAGGCAUCAGGCGAGGCUCAAUACACAGAUGAUAUACCCAGGCAAGAGGAUGAAAUUUAUGGAGCAUUUGUUACAACAACACAGGGUAACUGUAAACUAUCGAAUGUUGACGUAUCUGAAGUCUUGAAAUUGCCUGGUGUAUUGAAAUAUAUUUCUGCGAAAGAUAUUCCUGGUGAGAAUGAUUUUGUUCCUGAUAUCAAGGGCAAGGAAAAAUUAUUCUGCGAGUGCGAUGUAGAAUAUGCCGGCCAGGCGGUUGGAAUGAUUAUUGCAAUGAGCCAGAGCUUGGCCGAUGAAGCUGCUGAGAAGGUGAAGAUAACGUAUUCCGACUGCAAAAAACCAAUCAUAUCAAUCCAAGACGCAAAUUGA